AUGUCCAACGGAGGCAGAUUUGAUUUUGAUGAUGGAGGCUGUUAUGUGGGCGACUGGGAAGAGGGCCGGGCACAUGGCUAUGGGGUGUGCACAGGCCCGGGCGCCCAGGGGGAAUACAGCGGGCGUUGGAGUCGUGGCUUCGAGUCUCUGGGUGUUUACACUUGGCCCAGCGGGAAUACCUACCAGGGCUUCUGGAGUCAAGGCAAGCGCAGCGGCCUGGGCACGGAGCGGAAGAGCAAGUGGAGUUACAAGGGGGAGUGGUGCCAUGGGCUGAAGGGCCAUCUGGGCAUCUGGGAAAGCCACUCGGGAGUCGUCUACGAAGGCAUGUGGCGUGAAGGUCUUCAGGAUGGCUACGGGAUGGAAACCUACGCGGACGGAGGUACUUACCAAGGCCAGUGGCAGUCUGGCAAGCGUCAUGGAUAUGGAGUGCGCCAGAGUGUCCCAUAUCGACAAGCCACCCUGGUGCGCUCCCCACACCGGACCUCCCUGGAGUCUCUCCACAGUGAGGCCGAUCACAAUGCCCCUGUGGUACCUCUCCCUCCUCCUUCACUGCCACCUCCACCACUCCCCAGGGACAGCCCUGCCUCAGGAUCUAGGGGUGGCUUUGUUUUAGCUUUCCCUGGAGAUCCAGACUUCCCCAAGGGGACCAAGAAGAAGAGCGGGGGGUUCUUCCGGCGUUCCUUGCUCCUGAGUGGGCUAAGAGUGCGGAGGGCUGAGUCUAAAGCCUCUCUGGGCAGCAAGCGAGGGUCCCUCAAGAGUGAGGCAGGGGUCAGUUCAGCGGGAAGCGAGGCCACCACCCUCAGUUAUGCCGAGACCGAACCUCCUGAGCUGCCUUCAACUCUGACCAUUGAAGGUUCUUCCACUGAGGUCUACGCGGGGGAAUGGCGGGCUGACCGGCGCAGUGGCUAUGGGGUGAGUCGCCGCUCUAACGGGCUGCGGUACGAGGGCGAGUGGCUGGGGAACCGGCGACACGGGUACGGGCGCACCACCUAUCCUGACGGUUCCAAAGAAGAAGGGAAGUACAAGCUCAACCGGUUGGUGAGCGGGAAAGUGAAGAACCUCAUCCCGCUUCGACGGAGCAAAGUCAAAGAGAAAGUGGACCGAGCCGUUGAGGUGGCCCGGAGAGCAGUCAGCAUGGCUCGUCAGAAGCAAGAAUUGGCCAUCGCCAGGGCUGCAGAUGCUCGUCUGAAGGCGGCCUCUGCCCUCGGGGCAGCCGAAAAGGCUCUCGAAGCUUCCCGUUUGGCCAAAAUUUUGGCUCAAGAACUACAGCCCAUUCUAGCUGACUCAGAGCCACGGGGCCGGUUAGAUUCAGAAGGCACCGACACCGAUUUUCACGAGUACGACAGUCCCCACGUCUACGAGAAUGGCAUCACCCCUUCUGAUGUUACCCCGGAUCCAAGCUUACCGCCGAGUUACCCUCCCACUCCGCUGCAACCCUGGCGGGGGGACCCUCGGCGGACUUGGCCUCCCUUGGAGAACGGGGGUCCUCGCCAGCUCUUUCCCGAAGCCGCGGAUAUAGAGGAAGAGUGGGGUUCGCGGGGUAGUUUCCCAUCUCGGACACCGCGGCUCGUUCCUGAGGGGUUGUGGGAAGGCGAGGAGGAACAGGGGCAGCUAAGUAGCUACGAAGCUGAGGAAGAAGAUUAUGAGAGGGUCCCUCAGCACCCUCAGCCAGGCAGCCCAGCUAGUGGCAGCUCGGGCAGUCUGCGAGAAGAGGAAGAGGAAGAAGAGGAAGAAGGGAAUGCUUCUAAGACUUAUCCCGGGGGGAACCAGGACGAUACGGGCUCUCGGGCUGCCACAGGUGCCCCUCCCAACAUGAGUGACAUCAAACUGUCCACGCCCACCCUGUCCACCCUCACCCUGUCCCCCAAGGGGUCUCACUUGCUGGUCGUGGCGGCCGUCCUGUUGGUGGAUAUUAGUCUGGCUUACCUGUUCUCCCUCCUCCUGGCUUGAGACAGGAUGAUG